GGCCAUUUGGGAUGCUUUCGUUCUCGAGCUGAGGCGCUCCGCGUCGGUCGCUCUGGUGUAGAAACGCGGUGGUUCAAACUGUCAGCAAGAGACAAGGGAACACAAACGCAUUUCCAGGUCUAUCUGCGAACAGGAGCCCGAGCGCACAGAGAGCCGAGAGAAGCGACAGACGGUUUCUACGACGGGCCAGUCUUUGUGUUCCGACGGCCGCGUACAAAAGAUACACGCUGCCGGCAACGUCCCUGCUUUGAGUCUUGCUGUCUCGCCAAUUCAGGGGAGAAGCUGGAACGUAGGAACGAGAGCGGAACACUGGAAGGAAGGUGAUUGGAAGAAAGAGAGUGGAAUAGUGAAGAGAAGCCGCAAUAGGGAAGAUAAAUGGGUUGAGGGAAGAGACACGAAUAGGAAGGAAACUGGGGUCUCGGAAAGAGACUGGAAUUUUGGAAAGUAACUGGCAUAUAGGAACGAAACUGAAAAGACGGAAAGAAAUUUGUUAGCGCAAAGAAACUGGAAGUCGAAAUUGAAACGACAUGCCGGGGACCAAAACACUUGCGCAGCUAGAGGCCGUGUAUACAUGCCUAGGGCGGUUGAUUGUGGGUAGAAUUUCAGUUGCGAGUCUUUGCUCGAUCCGCUCCUCAGGUCGCUUUCUGGCGGAGGGGGCAAAAGAAAGACCAAAGGCUUGGUACUUUCAGAAAACACGGAGAGCGGGUUUGUUAUGGAAUCGUUCGCAGGUUCGGGUGAAUGCCCCGUCUCUCUGGAUACGGUUUAGCACACAUGCGGUUGCUGGUACUCCGAGGACACCCUAACGGCGAGACGAGAACUGUGUUUCACAGAAAAGGGUGAAGUUCACGCGGUCGCGACUGAGGAAAAUGCUUUAUCGAUUGAUAGAGUUAGUUGCGAGAGAGAAUGUGGCUUCCCGACCAGAGGAAACUCACAGCCGAAGACGAGCAAGACUGUAUAGAAGCGGUUGGGCUGGCGUCGGUCGUCGCCGAAAUCGUCUUAUGAGUCUGUGCGCAGCGAAGUAUCGUGUAGAAAAAGAACUCCGCGAGAAGCGGAGGGAGGGAUGCGCCUGCGUGUCGAGCUUCGAUUUCCUCUUUCGGAAGGUAUGCAGCACUCAACACCGUUGUUUGCGAAAGGCAAGACUCAGGCAGUUCAAGGCAAACGAGACGCUGCGGGUGACAGUGCUCCACAGAGCGCGUCUCACUUGUCUUGACAAAAAGCUUGCUUUACACCAACUCGCGAGAAAAGAUAUGUGCCAUUUUUACGGCACACUCAAACCAAGGAAAAUCCCUUCUCUACAGAGCCUCGGGCUCCUGUUCCGACAAAAAUCUAUCACCGGGCUGUGUCCUGAUCAAGUCUGGCAGCGCUCGGCGACAACUUCCGAUGCCCCAUUCACCCAUGCCUUUUGUGGAGUAGAAAGGAAACUUGAUGACUCCACUCAAAAGGGAAGCGAUUUGAGUGCAUGCGAGUUGACACAGAAUUUAAAAUCAUCCGACGGGAACUGACAAAUAACGAUCGUCUUACACACAUUCCCCUCAUCCCACAAACACUACACCAAAAACGUAUAUACACUUAUGUAAACAAAACAUAUAUAUAUAUAUAUAUAUAUAUACAGACACACACGCGCAUAUAUAUAUAUAUAUAUAUAUAUAUAUAUAUAUAUAUACCUAUUUUAUCGAGAACCGGGCUCUGUUUCCAACCUAGAAAAUCCUAGGCCAAGACACCGUUGCAUGCGUCUAGGACGACGCCAACUGGACCGCUGCCUUGUGGCCCAAAGUCCACAUCUCUGCUUGCUCAGGUUUUUUCACAGCCAGCACUCGGUUCCGACGACCCCAGUUCUGGCGACCGCCUCUCCUCGAUUCUCUCUCUGUCUCUUCUCCUGUCUGCGUCGCCUUACCCUGCCACCCUCGCCUUCUUUCAAAAGCUUCAGUUUUACCUCUGUCACCGUACAAC